AGCCCGGGUGUGUCAGCGCUGACCCCGACCCGAGGGCCCGUUUCCGGAGGAACCAAGGUGACCAUACGGGGUCAGGACCUGAGCGCCGGCAGCAGCGUGAACGUUCGCUUUGGGAACAAAACCUGUGAGUUUUACAGUCGGAGUACCACGGAGAUCGUGUGUGUCUCGGCGCCCUCUCUCUACAGCGAGGGUUCGGUGCUGGUUCAGGUCGUAGUGGAUCGGGCCGAGCUCAACACCAAACUGAGCUUUGAGUACAUCGAGGAUCCAGCGGUACAGAGCGUAGAACCUGAGUGGAGCAUAGCCAGUGGACACACCACCCUGACGGUGACCGGCACUAAUCUAGAUGUGGUGCAGGAGCCUCGGGUUCGAGUCAGAUAUGGCGGGCGUGAGUCUGUUAACGUGUGUACAGUGGUAAACUCCACCUCGAUCUGCUGCUCCGCUCCGCCUCUGAUGGCCGAAUUCGCCCCGGGGCAGGACUCGGUGAAGCAGGCCGACGAGUUUGGCUUCAUCUUCAAUAACGUUCACGCUCUGCUCACCUACAACAGCACCAGUUUUGUGUAUUACCCCAAUCCCGCGUUCGAACAGCUGAGUGUGUCCGGGGUGCUGGAGCAGAAACCGGGAUCGCCCAUCAUCCUCAAAGGCAGGAAUCUGGUUCCACCAGCAUCUGGAGGUUCCAAACUGAACUACACCGUCCUGGUCGGAGAUGUUCCCUGCCUCAUCACCGUCUCCGAGACACAGCUGCUGUGUGAGCCGCCUCCUCUCACCGGCCAGCACAGAGUCACGAUCCAGGUGGGUGGUCUCCAUCUGUCUCCAGGUUCAGUCCACAUCCAAUCGGAUAGUCUCCUGACGUUACCCGCCAUCUUCAGCAUUGCAGCAGGAGGAGGCCUGCUCUUCAUCAUCGUCAUCCUCGUCCUGAUUGCCUACCGACGCAAAUCGCACGAGAACGACCUCACGCUCAAACGGCUGCACAUGCAAAUGGACAACUUGGAGUCCAGAGUGGCUCUGGAAUGCAAAGAGGCAUUUGCGGAGCUCCAAACAGACAUAAACGAGCUGACGAGCGAUCUGGACCGAGCUGGAAUCCCACACCUGGAUUAUCGCAACUAUGUCAUGAGGAUUCUGUUUCCGGGCAUGGACGACCAUCCGGUGCUCCGAGAGCUGGAGGUGGCGGGCUGUGGGCAGCAGCGUGUAGAGAAGGCUCUGAAGCAGCUGGGUCAGCUGGUGAACAAUAAGACGUUCGUGCUGUCGUUUAUCCGCACGCUGGAGCUGCAGCGCUCGUUCUCCAUGCGUGAUCGCGGCUACGUGGCGUCGCUCAUCAUGACCGCGCUGCACAACAGACUGGAGUUCAUCACCGAUGUCCUCAAACAGUUGCUCUCCGAGCUUAUCGCCAAGAGCAUGGAGAGCAAGAACCACCCCAAACUACUGCUGCGCCGGACAGAGUCAGUAGCAGAGAAGAUGCUGACGAAUUGGUUUGCCUUCCUCCUUCACAAGUUCCUGAAGGAGUGUGUGAGUGAGCCCCUCUUCAUGCUACACUGUGCUAUAAAGCAGCAGAUGGAGAAGGGGCCGAUCGACGCCGUUACAGGAGAGGCGCGGUACUCCCUCAGCGAGGAUAAACUCAUCCGCCAACAGAUCGACUACAAAACACUGACGGUGUGCUGUGUGGACGGAGACCAGGAGAAUGGGGGGAUGGAGGUGGUGGUGAAGGUGUUAAACUGUGACACCAUCACGCAGGUGAAGGAGAAAAUCCUCGACGCCAUCUAUAAGAACGUCCCAUACUCUCAGAGACCGCGUGCAGGCGAUAUGGACUUGGAAUGGCGUCAGGGCCGCACAGCGCGCGUGGUCCUGCAGGACGAGGACAUCACCACUAAAAUUGAAAACGACUGGAAGAGACUCAACACACUCGUUCACUAUCAGGUGUCUGAUCGCUGUGUGAUGGCUCUGGUACCUAAGCAGAUGUCCUCCUACAACAUCUCGACAUCGGCCAGCUUCCCGCAGAGCUUCAGCCGAUACGAUGCAGUCCUUCGCUCCGUGUCCGCGGGCAGUCCGGACUUCUCACACUCCCUGGUGCCGAUGAUCACGCCAGAUAUGGAGAGCAGCGUUAAAGUUUGGCAUCUGGUCAAAAACCACGACCACGGAGACCAAAAAGAAGCUGAUCGCGGCAGCAAGAUGGUGUCCGAGAUCUACCUGACCCGCCUUCUGGCCACCAAGGGGACGUUGCAGAAGUUUGUGGACGAUCUCUUCGAGACGCUCUUCAGCACGGCGAAUCGGGGCAGCGCGCUCCCGCUCGCCAUCAAAUACAUGUUCGACUUCCUGGAUGAGCAGGCGGACAAACACGGCAUCCACGACCCCGACGUCCGACACACGUGGAAGAGCAACUGUCUUCCUCUGCGCUUCUGGGUGAACGUGAUCAAAAACCCUCAGUUCGUGUUCGACAUCCACAAGAGCAGCAUUACAGACGCGUGUCUAUCCGUAGUGGCUCAGACCUUCAUGGACUCGUGCUCGACCUCGGAACAUCGACUUGGCAAGGACUCGCCCUCGAACAAGCUCCUCUAUGCUAAAGACAUCCCGCACUAUAAGAGCUGGGUGGAGCGGUACUAUGCCGAUAUAAGCCGUCUGCCGUCCAUCAGCGAUCAGGACAUGAACGCGUAUUUGGCCGAGCAAGCGCGUCUUCAUUCGCACGAGUUUAACGCGCUCAGUGCCCUGCACGAGAUCUACGCCUACGUCAGGAAGUACAGCCAGGAGAUAGUGCAGUCUCUGAAGCAGGACCCGUUGGCCCAGAAACAAAGACUCGCCUACAAACUGGAGCAGCUCAUUGCUGACAUGGAUCAUGAGAGCUGAUCUGAGAUCCCCGACCCUACCCCACCCCACCCCACCUCCCCCCCAAAAAAUGGACAAAAAUCAUCAACUGAUCAACUGAGAAUGAACUGAAGUGAGAUUACAAGUCGGACGAGUCACGGUGACGAGUGGUUAACCUUCCAGCUUGAUUUCGAAGGCUUCAGUGCGUCACGGUAUCCUCUCACGUCCUCACUUUUUUAAAAAGAGACAUUAAAUACCAUGAAACUAAAUCUCGACCUAGCUUUUUGUGCUAGCAUUUACCACAGCAGCGUAACUGUAAUAAAACUAACGGUGUAAAUAUUUUAGAUUUCCUCAUCGCAGCUACGUGACUCCAGCCUACAGAACACAGAGGCUCUCCUGAGGAAAAGACAGAUAGAUGUUAUUAGAUAAACAGCGCCAUCUACUGCAUGAAGUGAGAAGUUCUGCACCAGUUCUCAACUUUGAGCUAGAAAACAAAUACAAAAAAAUACAAAAUUUUUUUUUUUUAAAUUUAAAAAAUGAUAGCCUCAUUAAAAUUUCAGACUUAUUACAUUCUUACACUUUCAUAUACACGUUUGCUAAUAAAGGGGGGUGCGGAGGUUUUGGGUUUUACUUUAUGCAUGAGAGAAAUAUGCUUGUUAUUUAUUACUCCAAGCUCAUAAACAUUUUUAUUAGCUUUGAUGUGACUCGUGUCUGUAGCGGAUGUAAAACUGGAGCGCUGAAGAGAAAUGACUUUCACAGUGGACCGAUUUUAAUUACACCGGUAAAAAAGCUCUGUGUACUGUACGUGGACCAAGAAUUUAGCUAGGGCCGAACGUCAUGUCUUUCCAAAUAAAAUGCAGGUUUGUGUGUAUGAAAGUGGGUGUUGUUUACAGAAUGUGCGUCCACCGUGACAUGUCCUUUCUCAAGAGGGUUUUGUGCGAUUACUACUUAUAUUAAUAUAGGUCGUCUCUUAUACUUGAAAGAAGCGAACGUUAGCGUCGUUUGUUUUCCGUCACUGUACUGAUGAGCUUCCAGAGUCUUUCUGUACACACGUUCCCUUUCUUACACGCGUGACGGUCACGUGUCCGUGCUGGUUGAUGACGUGUUCCAGAUACAGGGAUUUUGCAACAAACCUGAUUUGUACGAUGUCAAAUUGGAGCUGUAUAAAAAACUUCAGUGUGAUAUUUUAGUCUAUCGAUCAUGAUUCUGAAGUUCACAGGUUUGGCUCCUGACCUCGUCAAUAAUUCAGAUGAUUAUCUUUUUUGUGUGUUUAACCCUAAACAUUUCAUUGUGCUCCCUCGUGUUUCUGCAGGUUAUAAUUUAUUCCUUAUUCUCGUCUGGUUUAAUGUCUUGUCCGUGUGUUUCUUCAUGGCGGUGAGUAAAACCAGUAUCGUCAGUUCACGGUGUAACACACAACCCUGUUUUACGACUUUAGUAAAAAUGUGACUGUAUUUUAUUCAUUUAUUUCAUGUUUUUUUUUUUUUUUACAGCUCGAUUUAUUGUGUAUUCAAACUGUAAAUAGUAAACAUUCCUAUUUUGCAAUUAUCCCCCACACUUUUUUUUAAACAGUUGUAACAAAUUAAAUAAAAUCAACUAAUCAAAGCGUCAGUAUAUGUUAAUCUCUGAUGUUACCAUUGGUGUUACUUGCCAGUCAUUUACCGAGCAGUUAAUUAAUACCCAGCAAUUGUUAGAAACUCUAUAUAAUCUAAUAGUGAUCUAAAAGUUAUUAACAAAAGUUUGAUGGAGUUUCUUUAGUGUGGAAACAUUGUGCAGCUCAUAGACCCGAAUGAAGGGGACAGGUAAAGGGUAAAACUCCAGGAGCCAGAGAGAUGAAAAGAGCUGAAGCUACAGAGGUUCGUCCAUACUUUACAUACCAAGAGCUGUCCACUUGCAUGUAAUGUUUUGUGAAACUGUUCAUGCAGGCUCUGAUGGUGACUCAGACGGUGGAUGAUGGGAAGCUGAAUCCUGUGAAGCAGUGAAAUGUAGAAAAUUCAUGCAUGUUUGUCCAAUGCCACUGUAAUAAGAUCUGGUUUGUUUGUGUGUGAGUUCAGCUUUAUUAAUAUUAUACUGAAUUCAGUGUUGAUUGUACAGAAGUGAUCACAGUUUGCGAACCACGAUAUUGUUAAACAGUUAAGAGGUCUGCCUUCUCAUAAACCAGUACACGCAAAACAUUCAGGGUUUUUAUUUUUAUUUCUUAUAACUUUUAUUUUUAUUUCUUAUAACUUCACACCCCGCCUUCACUUCAUCGAGCGACUGUCACUUGAAGUUUUUAUUUAUUCUGUGGACGGUUGGAGAAGGAAUGGAAGAACGAACUGUAGUAGUCACAAUGCAUAUCGUCUCCUGUAUAAUUAAUAAUCACAGGGUUUCAGAUGUAUCUUAAUACUGUAAUAAAUCCCACAUAGAUUGCUAA